AGACCGCAGGACAGUAACAGAAGGCGUCUUCACCAGAGUCACUACAGAAGUUCUACACGCAACUAUUUUGGACAGCUGUUGAACUACACGCGCGUACAAUCUAAACUCGAUUUGAACAUGCCGGGAAAGUUGUCUUACGAAGCCCAAAACUUUCUCUGAACUACAUUCAACUUUGAACGUUUUUUUCCAAGACGUUUUGCAUCGGACCAUCCGCAGGUUUUCAACUCCAGGACCAUUCCGGAUCCAUAGGACCGACAUCUGCGCUGAGGGAAUCCCAUUGCGAUUCGAGUGAUCAGUAGUGACACCAAUCAUGGGCAGCAAAACUCUUCCAGCCCCGGUUCCCCUCCACCCCUCUCUGCAGCUGGCCAACUACUCCAUCCUCCAGGCCUCCAAUGGCUUCCAGCUGCCCACGGACCAGGUCCCUGGCAUCUAUAGCUUCAGCGCACUGCACGCCAUCCACCUCCACCAGUGGACCCUGGGCUACCCUCCCUUUGGUGUCCCCCGCUGCACUUUCUCCAAGCUCCCAGCCCUGAUGGACGGCCGCUUCCCCGGCUUGCCUUCCAUCCCCAUCUUCCCCCACCUGGUCCAGCACAAGGACCAGGCCACUGCUGCCGCCACAGCAGCUACCACCAUGAAUCUCCUUCAGGGCUCCAAGAACAAGCCCCAGCCACGCUUCGACUUUGCCAACCUGGCCACCGCCGCCACCCAGGAGGACCCGUUGAAGGCAGAGGACCUGAGCAUAACAGGGGCAGCCGCCGCCACUUCUCCUCGCCAUGGCGGGCUAGGCUGUCUCAUAGAUGUAGCCAAGCUGUCGUCGCCCGAGCGCAAGCCUAGCCGUGGUCGCCUUCCCUCCAAGACCAAGAAGGAGUUUGUGUGCAAGUUCUGCGGCCGCCAUUUCACCAAGUCCUACAACCUGCUUAUCCACGAGCGGACGCACACGGACGAGAGGCCGUACACCUGUGACAUCUGCCACAAGGCAUUCCGGAGGCAGGACCACCUCCGAGACCACAGGUACAUCCAUUCCAAAGAGAAGCCCUUCAAGUGCCAGGAGUGUGGAAAGGGAUUUUGUCAGUCCAGAACUCUAGCUGUCCACAAAACGCUGCACAUGCAGGUGAAGGAACUAAAGCCAUCCAAGAUUAAGUGAUGUCAAUACAUGAAAAAAGAGACUAGGGGACACUGGAAACAAUAACGGUGAAGACUAUAAAGGAGAACAAGACAAAAUUACCAAAGACGGGGGACAUUGUAGAGCUGACCAAAGACGGGGGGACAUUGUAGAGCUGACCAAAGACGGGGGGAGUUUGUGGAGCUGAUCAAAGACGGGGGGACAUUGUGGAGCUGACCAAAGACAGGGGACAUUGUAGAGUUGACCAAAGACAGGGGACAUUGUGGAGCUGACCAAAGACAGGGGACAUUGUAGAGCUGACCAAAGACAGGGGAGUUUGUGGAGCUGACCAAAGACAGGGGAGUUUGUGGAGCUGACCAAAGACGGGGGGACAUUGUAGAGCUGACCAAAGACAGGGGGACAUUGUGGAGCUCAAGUGCCUGGAACAUAUAAUGAGUAGAACAUCUCUGAACUUGAACCAAACUGAAGUUCUCUGAACAGAAGAAAAGUGAUAUAAAAAGUUAACUGUUCACCAACAAUUCACCAGCCAAGGAAGGAAGCCGUAGUGUUCAUCGUGGGGAAUGAUUCUUCAGAGAGAUUUGAAAAUCCUGGAUCUCUAUGAUGUAUCCAGACAAUAUCCAGGAGCACCUUGUACUAGAUCUAAGUUGUUUUUCCACAUUUAGUUAAGAGAUAAUUAGGCUUAAUGACUUUGAGGCAGUGUAUUGGUUGUCCACGAUGAAGCCCAAUGGGGCGAAUGGAUCAUACAUCAUAGCUGUAUGGAAUGUGAUCUUGACCUCUCUGACAAAGUUGACCUCUCAGACAUUCCGAAAGACUCUUGCUUUUGAUCAAAAUGACAUUUUUUUUUAAAGGGACAUUUACGAGUCUAAAGCAGUCUUUGUUAAAAAACAAAACAAAAAACAAAAAAACAACUAAAUUGGUUAAAGUCAUGUCAGCGUAAUGUUAUUCCACUUCCAAAGCUUACAUUCCAAUGUUAUUUUUUUGUAUAAUUGUAUUUUUUGCACUUUAACCUGAUUAUUGAUUAUUUACAUAUAUCACUGGAUUCCUAAAACUUAUUUUGAGAAAAUAAAUAGUAAUUUUCUAAA